GCUAUUCGAGUUUCAUUGCAGCGCAGAAGGGCAAGCUAAGCUGUUUCCCCAUUCAAAGUGAAGAUGACUUCCUCUGGCGACCAGGGAGGAAUUGACGGCAACGUCGGGUUGGCGGGCACCCGUUUCUUCAAAAUCAUUCUCCUGCAUACCCUUCGGGACAAGAAGCUGUUGAUUCCUGUGAGGUUCGUGAGGAAUUUCGGGGAGGGUUUGUCGUCUUCGAGCUCGGCAACUCUGAAGGUUCCAAGCGGCCUGAGUUGGGCGGUGGAUCUCGUGAGGGAUGAAAUUGGGGUCUGGUUUGGCAAUGGAUGGCAAGAUUUUGCUGAAUUCCAUUCUUUGGAAUAUGGCCAUUUCCUGGUUUUCGAGUACAAGGGUUGCUCCUUGUUCUCUGUAGUCAUAUUCGAUAAAACUGCUACAGAGAUUGUGUAUCCAAUUACGAGAACCUGCAGUAGAAACCAGCAGCCAAAAGCUGGUGAGGCUGUGGAGCUGUUGCGUGAGCCCAAAGUUGAGGUGAUUGAAGAUUCCCCUGAUCAAGGAAACAAGGGUAAAUCCGUAAUGGAGGUUACUCAGCUUCCUCGAAGUAAGAAGAGCAAGAAGAAGAAGAUGGUGACGACUAGGGGCAAUGAUGAUCAAAUUGCAGAAGGACAUUGUUCGUCUGCACAAGGGUCUGUGACCAAGUACUGCACUUUCACAUCGUCGCAUCCAUUUUUCGACUACCGAAUGACUUCGAGCAAGUUGAGCAGGUUGCUAAUGCAUGUACCACGAAGCUUUUCGUUAAGCCACAUUGCAGGGGAUGAGAAGUCGGUGAAGCUUCAAGUUGGGGAUAAAACUUGGUCAGUGGCAUUGCAUCGAUACAGGGAUGACAAGUAUGUGUACUUCCGCAAUGGCUGGGAUCGAUUUGUAGGGUUUUGAAUUUUCUCGUUUACAUAUGUGAAACGAGAUAUAUGAUAACGAAUGGUUUUAACUUUUAAUUAUGAUGUAUUCGGUAUUAAGAUCAUUGAACUAAAAAAAAAUCUUGUGU